CUUAUAACGGAAGUCCUUGGAUUCAGAAUGUUCUCACGUGGAGAUAUUGUGGAGAAAUUGACAUUGUCGGUACACAGAUUGAUGCUCAGUUGCGUCGGCAUCUGGCCCGUGAAGAAUAAGGACCUCUUCAUGGACCUUCGGUGGAUCAUUGCCGUAUUCUUGGAGGUGACUCCGAUGUGCGUAUACUUCAUUGAAAUUUACCUGCACUGUAAUGGCGCGAAGAAGUCCUUUAACAGAGUGACGCCCUGUGCCGCCGCCGCGUUAGCUCUUACGAGACUGAUCACACCUCGCAUUUAUCGAGAGAAAUUACUCGAGAUAGUCACAUCGAUGAUGGACGAUUGGUCUAUGCAGCAGGACAAGAAGGUUCGUUGGGUCAUGAAGAAGUACGCAAGAAUGUCGACAUGCGUGACGAUGCUUACCUUUCUUUUGGUGGGUACCAUAGUGGGCAUUUACAUAUUCUUAGCGAUAUCGGCGAUCAUCAUGAAGAUUGGUAACGACAUCGAUGGCUUGAAUGCGAGUCAGGAGUAUGAAGUUGAGUCCUGCGUGUUUCAUAGCGCAGCAUCCAAUGAAGCAUUCUUGGUUGCCCAAGCGAUGCAAAUGUUCGUCACAGGUAUAUUGACUUUUGGUAGCACCAGCUUCUUCUUUGGGUUGGCCAUGUAUCUGUGCGCCCAGUUUGACGCGCUGGGCAUCAAGCUGUCCGAAUUCCAAAUUGGUAAAGCGCAACAGAUGAUUACUGAAGUGAUCCAAAGACACUGCCAUCUAAUUCGACUGUGUGAUUGUAUGGAGGAAUCGUUCAACGCGAAUAUUCUGAUGUAUCUGUUCGUUACCACUACUCUCAUGUGCAUAGACGGUUUUAUGUUAAUAGUAUCGUUACGUCUUGGAGAUUUAUCCAUGAUUAUACAUAGUGUUACGGUUUUGCUUCUCAUGAUGAUCCAACUAUCAUUUUAUACAUUCGCCGGUGAUUGCUUGGAGAUGAGAAGUACCGCACUGUCCUAUGCUAUUUACGAUUACAAUUGGUACCAGUUGCCAACCGGUAUCGCCAAGAAUUUUCAAAUUAUGCUAAUGCGCGCCAGUAUUCCUCAUCAACUGACGGCCGGAAAAUUCGUGUCUCUAAACAUGCUAACGUUCAAAGAUAUUUUAAAGUCCACGGUGUCAUAUCUUUCAGUCUUACGUGUUAUGAUGAAUGAAUAAAUAAUUUAAUAUAUAA